AUGUCCGCUUCCGAGACACUUUCGUCAGGUGCCGUGCAGGACGGGCAGAAGCAGGCAGCAGGGCACGUCAGGAAGGGGUGUUGCACUAAGAAUUACCCUCCUCCACCAUCAGACUUUGACAAGGCCAACUUCAGCACCAAGCGUCCGCUGCAGAGCCUGUACUGCAGCUGCCUGAACCCCUUUUUCACGUUCAUGUCCCCGAUAAUCAAGAGGUCCGGCCGCCAGGGAACCCUCUACCUGUCCGACCUCCACCCUCCGGUUGACCGGCACUGCCCUCAGAUCGCUGCGACAGACUUUGUACGGGAGUGGAAUAAAAAGGUAUACAAGGGGAAGCAGCCCAGCAUCAUACUGUCGGUCAUCAGGGCCUCCAUGGGCAGGUUUAUUACUGCCUGCAUCAUGAUCCUGUUCUUCGUCGCUGCACAGAUGGUCGCCCCGUUCACAAUCCAACGGAUUAGCAAUCACCUCAUUACAACUGUUCCUGGCAGCAUCGGUCAGCAGAAAAAUACCUGGGACGCCAUUGUCGCCGUUUUGCAGAUUACAUACCCAUACAUUCUAGCCGUGUUCUUUGGGCAGCUCAUUUACGCUCUUUCCGACUCGAUCCUGUGGUAUUUGCUAUCAGACAUGGUGUCGCGCUUCCUGGGCGGGACCCUGGACAUCCUGUACAACAAGAUGCUGUCUCUUUCGGACAUCACCCGCCAAAAUUCUGCCGCCGGCAACCUGGUCAACCUCCUCUUCGCAGACACGAUGAGGAUCUCGAACUUUAUGCUUUUGCUCAUCUUCGUGAUGACGAUGCCGCUGAUGUUUGUCUGCUACCUGGUCUACAUGGCCAUCGAGAUCGACCCCAAAGGGAUUGGAGGCCUGAUUGCUCUCUUCAUCAUCCUGCCGAUUGUUGGACUGAUCCUGUUUGCCUUUACCCGGCUCCUCUUUUCCUUGCUCAGCAUGACAGACCUGCGUGUCAAGAAGAUCUCUGAGGUCCUCAACGGAAUGAAGGUCGUCAAGCUCUUCGGAAUGGAGGAUGUCCAAGAGGCGCGAGUGAUGAACAUCCGCAACAAGGAGAUAGGGAUGAUUUUCCGCUUUGGCAUCAUUCUCUCCGGCUUUGGUCUUGUCGUCAACGGCGCUGCACCGUUGAUGUCCCUCUUUGGGUUCCUCUUCUUCAUGACCAGCUCAAGCUUUGACGUUGCCAACGCAUACACCGCGGUGUUCGUAUACAACAUGCUGGGCCUGGUGUUUGUCUUCAUGCCACUGAUGAUGUCCGGGAUUUCCGAGUCGAAGAUAAGCUCCAAGCGCAUCCUGACCUUUAUAACGCUUCCGCAGCCGGACUACGGGGUCGUCACCCGCGAGAGGUCCUAUACCCUUACCAAGGGCGAGACGGUGCCCUACGCAAUCAAAACGUCCAACCAGCCCAGCUUCUGCUGGGGCCUGAGGGAGGACUCCAUUAUACCGCCGCUCCUGGACCCGAUGUUCAAGGACAACAUGAAGAAGCAGAGGCAGGUCUUGCAGCUCUAUCCCCGAUUUAAGAAGCACUACGAGAAAAAGGUCAAGGAGUACAAGGCGUGGAAGACAAAGAACCCCUCCGUAUCCGUGGACGCCACCGAGGAAGACAUCCUGCUGAAUCGAUUCGACUCUAUCGAUGUUACCGACAAGGAGGCCGAUGCGAUGCGCUACAUCGACUCGUGGGUCAUUGAGUUCGGCCUCCUACCGCCCGACAAGGUGACGUCGUUCGGCGCCUACAUUCCCCAGGCCUACCAGGCGUCCCCGGACGAUAACCCCUACCAGGUGCUGAAGAAGACGUUCCUGCACCGGAUUGUGGUACGGGGUCUCUACGACCUGGCCGCCGAGCAGAACCAAGUGUCGCGCGACCUCAAGAAGUACAGGAAAGACCCUGCCAGGUGCAAGCAGAUCAUUGACGCGCAGCUCGACAAGAACCCCAACCACGUUGAUCUGCCUCCACGCAUCAAGAACCUCGACCUCAGCAUACCGAAGGGCUACCUCGUGGGGAUCUGCGGGCCUGUUGGCGCCGGCAAGACCACGCUGUUCUCUGCUCUGCUGGGCGAGCUGCGCCUGGUGAGAGAGCAGCGUGCAAAGCUGGACUCCUACAAGUUUAACAACCUGGAGAUCAAGUUCGACUACCAGACCGGCUUAACGCCUCCUACCUCGUUCGUCGAGAAGUACUCGACGGAGGACCCCAGGUUCGACCCACAGAUCCCCCACGUCCACAUCUACGGGUCCGUCGCGUACUUUGCCCAGUCGUCCUGCAUCUUCUCUGGCACCCUGCGUGACAACAUCGUCUUCUACCGGCCCUUCGACCGUGCUCGCUACGAAAAGGUGCUCGACAUCUGCUGCCUGAUACCCGACCUCAAGCUCUUCAAGGCGGGCGACCUGACAGAGAUCGGUGAAAAGGGCGUCUCUCUGUCGGGCGGGCAGAAGGCGCGCGUCGCUCUGGCCCGGGCCGUGUACUCGGGCUGUGACAUCCUGCUCCUUGACGACCCCCUCUCCGCCGUCGACUCGCACGUCGGGCAGAGGCUGUGGAACGAGGUCAUUUGUGGAUUCCUGAAGGAGCAGGGGACCACCGUCUUGAUAGCGUCCCACCAGACGCAGUACUUCGGAAACUGCGACCUUGUCAUCAGGAUCGAGGACGGGGAGAUCGUCCACAGCGACACGCCGGACAACCUGAUGAACAAGGGCAUCGACUUCGGAUUUUCCCGCACCACGUCCGUGGCCAGCGGGCUAAACAAUGCCGGACGCAUCGAGAGCGUGGCGAGCCAGCUCGUUAUUCCAACCCAGACCGACGAGGAGAAGAGGCGCGACCUGGCGCUGGUGACCGAUGACGGCAACGAGGCCAAGGGGAAGCUCAUGCUUGCAGAGGCCUUUGCUCAGCAGGGGUCCGUCUCAGGGACGUUCUACAAGCGCUGGUUCAGGUCCGGGUCUCGCUGCAGCCUCCUCUGCUACCUCGUGUUUGUCUUGCUAUGGCAGGGAUCCACCCAAUACCAGGGCGUGUUGAUCAAUCACUGGGUUAAGGACCAGUAUCAUUUCAAACUGUCUGACACCGAUAAGUCGUACAACUACAAGUACAUCGGGAUUUACGCCGGAAUGACCGUGUCUACGAUGCUUAUGGCCUACCUGUCGUCUGUCUUCCUCGUCUCGUUCAUUAAUUCUGCCGCGCGCGCACUCUUCAAGAAGAUGCUCCGAUCUAUCUUCAGAUCGCCGAUGUCGUUCUUUGACACAACUCCGACGGGGCGGAUCCUCAACCGCUUCAGCAAGGACACAGACUCCAUGGACAUCCAGGUGAUGCGGUUCAUAAACCAGGCGCUGGGGAAUGGCGCGUCGCUGGUAGGGAUGCUCGUAAUGAUAUGCGUCCUGGCCUGGCCGGCCCUUAUAGUCGUCAUCCCGACGAUCAUCCUCUACGCUGUCAUCUUCUUCAUGUUCCGCCGCGUUGCCCCGCAGGUGAAGCGACUGGAGAGCAUAACCAAGUCCCCGGUCAUCAACAUCUGCACAGAGAGCCUUGGGGCUCUGCCGUCGAUUCGUGCGUACAGCUUCGAGUCCCACUUCAUCGCCAAGGCCCGGGAACAGAUAACGAUCAACUCGUCGGCAUACUGGAUGCAGAUCUCUCUCCCCCGCUGGCUGAGCUUCCGACUGAACGUCAUUGGGGCCUUCUUUUGCGGCUUCAUCGCUCUUAUCAGCUGCGUCAUUGCGCCUGUCAACAUCGGCGGGAUACAGUUCAUUCAGUAUGCGGGCCUGAUACUGUCGUACUCCUUCAACAUCCAAAUGAUACUCAGUCAAUUCGUCACGGCGUGGGUCCAGGCGGAGGCCGAGGUCACAUCCAUAGAGCGCGUCAUGGAGUACGGCGACCUGCCUGCAGAGGACUUGAGCGAUAGGGCUAACAAGAUCAUUGAGUCAUGCACGCUGGCGAGCGAACUUUGGCCCCGUGCUCCAGAGGCGGGAAUCAAGGUCAAAAAUCUCAACUUCCGCUACCGCCCCGAUCUGGAUCUAACGCUCAGGGACUGCAACUUUGAGAUCCUGCCCGGCGAGCACGUCGGGGUGGUCGGGCGCACAGGGGCAGGGAAAUCGUCGCUGACCGUCGCGUUCUUCCGCCUUGCAGAGCCGGACGCCGGCAGCUCCAUCGUCAUCGACAACGUCAACCUGCUGGCGGAUGUUGGCCUUCACCAGGCCCGCCAAGCGAUCGCCAUCAUUCCCCAGGAGCCCUUCCUGUUUUCAGGCACGCUGCGCCAGUCCCUCUGUGCUUACUCUGCUUCCGUUGCAGAGGGACUGCAGCCGGGGCCUGGCGUUGAGAAAGUUCCGGACGAGAAGCUCUGGCGGGUGCUCGAGCAGGUCCGCAUGCGCGAGUACUUCGAGAAGCAACCCGGCGGACUCGACGCCAAGAUCGCAGCCAAUGGGGACAACCUCUCUGCAGGUCAGCGUCAGCUUGUCUGCGUGGCUCGCGCACUGGUUCGAGAGCCCCGCUGCGUCGUGCUCGACGAGGCCACCGCCCAGGUCGACCGGGAAAACGACCGACUCAUCCAGGACGCUAUUCGGGAAAACCUGGCCGACACGACAAUCUUCUCGAUUGCUCACCGCCUCGACACUAUCAUAGACUUCGACCGCAUUCUCGUCGUUGACGCAGGUAGAAUUGCUGAGUACGACACUCCUGCCAACCUCCUCCGCAGGGAAAACUCCAUCUUCAGUCACCUUGUCGCCAAGACGGGGGAGGAGACCGCUGGGAAGCUCAGAGCCGCGGCCUUCUUGGCGGAGCAGCAACGUGCGAAGGGCGAGAAGGUGGACAUCUCUGCGUACUUUUAG